UGGAAUGACUCUUUCAUCUCUGACAGAAUAUUUAUGUGAAAGUCCAGCAGAACUAUAUUCGUUAUUAUGUCACCGUGCACCUUCUAUAACACGAGCCUGGUUUGAUAGGUCGAAGACUUCUUCAAGUUUCAAGAUAACAAGUCUGUGGUCUACACGAGAUCCAGUUUUAGAGAAACAACGCAAGUUUUUGCGUUUACACUGGCAAUGUUGUUUUGAAAGCUUUGAUUCUACUCUAUUCUCUGUAGAGGAUGAUUGUGUUUAUAUGAGCUGUAGUCCAUCUGGAAAUCGUACUGUAAAAUUUUUUCAGACCAACGGAAAGAAGACUUGCAAUAGAAGAUUAGAAAUAUGGAGUAAAUGUACCUUGGAAAGAACGAUUUGUUGUAGUGAGACAUUGCACGGCGCUUUUUAUUUCGAUGAAUGGUUUGGAGGAGUUGCGUGGUCUCCAGAUGAAGAGAAACUGUUGUAUUUGGCUGAACAACCUAGCGAUCUUACAGCUUCAUUCUUUUCUACAGAUUGUAAGCCGGAGCAAAGAAAGGGAGAACAGUUUGUUCGUCAAAUGGACUUUGGAGAAACUUAUACCGGCAAGAAGUUGGCAGCACUGUAUGUAUUGGAUAUGUUUCAAAUAUAUCGAGUACAAGGAUUGGACAAUCAAAUGGCAGUUUCAGAACCCCAAUGGUCACCAUAUAGUAAUCAUAUCGUGCUGAUUGGUAGACAUUUGGAAUCUUAUCCGUUGGGAGUCAAAUAUUGUUACAAUAGGCCGAGUGUUCUUCUAUUAGCACAUCUUGUCCUAUCCAAAGAUUCUGCCAAAGUGGACAACAUUCAGUUACUCACGAAUCCUCAAAAAGAACACUUGGAUUGGUGUGUUCGUUCUCCUCGUUUUCAUCCAUCAGGAGAUUGGAUAUUAUAUGUUUCUACUCCUAAAACGCCGCAAGAUGUUCAUAAUGGAACAAGUAUACUUCGUCUAGUGGAUUGGAAAGCAUCGAGAAUAGUUACUUUAAUCGAUGUGGUACAUCAGAAGAAUGAUAGUAAUGAAGAUGUCUUUCCAGGUCUGUAUUUACACGCAUUGCCAAAUCAUCCAUGGCAAGAUGAGCAAACUGUAUGGUUGGACUCCAUUUGGAAUUCCCAAUCAGUUCUGUUACAAAUCAACAAUAUAUCGUUAACAGAGCCUUUAAGAGUAAAUAUUCGGCGACUUGAUAUUUCAGGUGAUGAACAGGAGAAUAUCUUUGUUUUGGAUGUUCUCUCUAACAAUAUUUUGUUGAAUAUUAGCACUCCUCUCUGUUCUUCAUGUCUUUAUUUGUUGAGAAUGUCAUCGGAAGGAAACCGUGUGUUGGAUAGAAUCCGACUUAGUGAGCCUCUGGAUCUUUCAUUUGCUUUGGAGUGGAUAAGACCAACUGGUUUACAGUUGACAGAAGAACAACAAGUCAAGUUGUUAACAUUAUCGCAUUCAGAACCGUUUCAACUCCAUGAUCAGACCUUUCAAGCAUUUAUUGUAUAUCCUCGUCCAUCUUAUUUAAAUGAAAAGAAGAAAAUGUCCUUGAUUUGUUUUCCACAUGGUGGACCACAUUCAAGUCAUUUAAUACAAUUUCAAUUAGGUGUGGCUUUUUUAGCUUUGAGAGGUUAUGCUGUAUUAAUGGUGAACUAUCGAGGGUCUUUGGGAAGAGGACAACAAUCUUUGAAUAGUCUAGUUGGCAAAAUAGGUUAUCAAGAUGUAGAAGAAUGUGUUGUUGCAACAAAAUGGGCACGGCAGAUAGUUCCAACCCUUUCUGAGGAAACAUUGGUAGCUGCUCUGGGUGGCAGUCAUGGAGGCUUUUUAAGUGCUCAUCUUACCUCGCAAUAUCCAUCCAUAUAUAAAGUAGCUGUCUUGCGCAAUCCAGUAACGAACAUUGUUUCAAUGCAUUCUUCAACGGAUAUAAGAGAUUGGUGUUUUACAGAACUGGGUUAUUCCAAUUGGCAAACCAAGGACGAAAUAGUAUCAUUAUUAUUGGCACAACCCGAAAUACUCGAUCGAAUGUGGAAGCACUCUCCUGUUUCUCAUGUUACGAACUGUCAAGCUCCAACCUUGUUGUUGUUAGGAGGGAGCGAUCGUAGAGUACCACCAUCUCAAGGUAUCGAAUGGCAUCAAAUUUUGCGAUCGAAAAAUAUUCCUAGUAAAUUGUUGUGGUAUCCUGAUGCGGAUCAUUCUAUAAGUGAUUCACCAGCGAAUGACGAUGCGUGGAUGCAUACUUUAUUAUGGUUAGAUGAGCACUUGUAUCAAUAAGGAAUUGUGAAAUAAAUAAGGCA